GACAAGAGAGGCUGCCUGCCGAAGUAGGUGGGCCCUGCCUUGUGCGUCAGCCGUGUUCCUGGAAAGCUGGGUAUAAACUGGAUUUUGGAAUAUUUAGUCAUAUUUUGAAUAUAUUGGGAAGAUUUCCUAUUCAGAGGAAUCCAGCACAGAAUCUUUUUUGUAAAGUGAAGAAUUAUUUUGUCAUGUGGAUAAUCAAUGAUUUAUGAGUUUGGCUCCCGUUCCUGCACCAUCCUCUGAGAUGACCCCAUCUCCCAGAAUGCCAGUGGUGCUGCUCCUGCUGCUGCCCCUUUUGAGUUCUGCAAAAGCACAGGUUAAUCCAGCUGUCUGCCGCUACCCUCUGGGCAUGUCAGGAGGCCACAUUCCAGAUGAGGACAUCACAGCUUCCAGUCAGUGGUCAGACUCCACAGCUGCCAAAUAUGGAAGGCUGGACUCAGAAGAAGGGGAUGGAGCCUGGUGCCCUGAGAUUCCAGUGGAACCCGAUGAUCUGAAGGAGUUUCUGCAGAUUGACUUGCACACCUUGCACUUUAUCACUCUGGUGGGGACCCAGGGGCGCCAUGCAGGGGGCCAUGGCAUUGAGUUUGCCCCCAUGUACAAGAUCACUUACAGCCGAGAUGGCACUCGCUGGAUCUCGUGGAGGAACCGGGAAGGGAAACAGGUGCUGGUUGGGAACAAUAACCCCUAUGACAUAAUCCUAAAGGACUUGGAACCACCCAUUGUGGCCAGAUUGGUUCGCUUCAUCCCAGUCACUGACCACUCCAUGAACGUGUGCAUGCGGGUGGAGCUUUAUGGCUGUGUCUGGCUAGAUGGCUUGGUGUCUUACAGUGCUCCAGCUGGGCAGCAGUUUGUACUCCCCGGAGGCUCCGUCGUUUAUCUGAAUGAUUCUGUCUAUGAUGGAGCCAUUGGGUACAGCAUGACGGAAGGGCUGGGCCAGUUGACAGAUGGGGUGUCUGGCCUGGAUGACUUCACCCAGACCCAUGAAUACCAUGUGUGGCCUGGCUAUGACUACGUGGGUUGGCGGAAUGAGAGCACCACCAAUGGCUACAUUGAGAUCAUGUUUGAAUUUGAUCGCAUCAGGAAUUUCACUACCAUGAAGGUCCACUGCAACAAUAUGUUUGCGAAAGGUGUGAAGAUCUUUAAGGAGGUACAGUGCUACUUCCGCUCUGAAGCCAAUGAAUGGGAACCUAAUGCUAUCUCCUUCCCUCUUGUCUUGGAUGACGUCAACCCCAGUGCUCGAUUUGUCACAGUGCCCCUCCACCACCGCAUGGCCAGUGCCAUCAAAUGCCAGUACCAUUUUGCUGACACUUGGAUGAUGUUCAGUGAGAUCACCUUCCAAUCAGAUGCUGCAAUGUACAACAAUUCUGGAGCCCUGCCCACGUCUCCUGUGGCACCUACAACCUAUGAUCCGAUGCUGAAAGUUGAUGACAGCAACACACGCAUUCUGAUUGGCUGCUUGGUAGCCAUCAUCUUCAUUCUUCUGGCUAUUAUUAUCAUUAUCCUCUGGAGGCAAUUCUGGCAGAAAAUGCUGGAGAAGGCUUCCCGAAGGAUGCUGGAUGAUGAGAUGACAGUCAGCCUUUCCCUGCCAAGUGAGUCCAGCAUGUUCAACAAUAACCGCUCCUCAUCUCCAAGCGAGCAGGAGUCCAACUCGACUUAUGAUCGCAUCUUCCCCCUUCGGCCUGACUACCAGGAGCCCUCCAGGCUCAUCCGGAAACUCCCAGAAUUUGCUCCAGGGGAGGAGGAAUCAGGUUGCAGUGGCAUUGUGAAACCUAUCCAGACCAAUGGACCUGAGGGGGUGCCCCACUAUGCAGAGGCUGACAUAGUGAACCUCCAGGGCGUGACGGGGGGCAACACCUACUCAGUGCCUGCCAUUACCAUGGACCUGCUCUCGGGAAAAGAUGUGGCUGUGGAAGAGUUCCCCAGGAAACUCUUAACCUUCAAGGAGAAGUUGGGAGAAGGCCAGUUUGGGGAGGUUCAUCUCUGUGAAGUGGAGGGCAUGGAAAAAUUCAAAGACAAAGACUUUGCCUUAGAUGUCAGUGCCAACCAGCCUGUCCUGGUGGCUGUGAAAAUGCUCCGAGCAGAUGCCAACAAGAAUGCCAGGAAUGAUUUUCUUAAGGAGAUAAAGAUCAUGUCCCGGCUCAAGGACCCAAACAUUAUCCGCCUCUUAGCUGUGUGCAUCACCGAUGACCCUCUCUGCAUGAUCACUGAGUACAUGGAGAACGGAGACCUCAAUCAGUUUCUCUCCCGCCACGAGCCCUCCAAUGUUUCCUCCUACAGUGGAUCCAUGGUCAGUUAUUUCAACCUGAAGUUUAUGGCUACCCAGAUCGCUUCUGGCAUGAAAUAUCUUUCCUCUCUUAAUUUUGUUCACCGCGAUUUGGCCACACGAAACUGUUUAGUGGGUAAAAACUACACCAUCAAGAUAGCUGACUUUGGAAUGAGUAGAAACCUGUACAGUGGUGAUUACUACCGGAUCCAGGGCAGGGCAGUACUCCCUAUUCGCUGGAUGUCUUGGGAGAGCAUCUUGCUGGGCAAGUUCACUACAGCAAGUGAUGUGUGGGCCUUUGGUGUGACACUGUGGGAGACUUUCACCUUUUGCCAGGAGCAGCCCUAUUCUCAGCUGUCAGAUGAACAGGUCAUCGAGAAUACUGGCGAGUUCUUCAGAGACCAGGGAAGGCAGAUUUACCUCCCUCAGCCUGCCAUUUGUCCUGACUCUGUGUAUAAGUUGAUGCUCAGCUGCUGGAGAAGAGACACCAAACACCGCCCAUCAUUCCAGGAAAUCCACCUUCUGCUCCUUCAACAAGGGGACGAGUAAAGCUGUCAGUGGUGCCAACAUUUUGACAGACCUGGUCUCCCUCACAAGACCUACCACUCAUCCACACCUAAGCCACUCCAUCUGGACAUUAGAUGGACCCGAGAGACUGAAGCUUGUUUUCUUUUUGUUCCUCUCCUCCCCUCACUUCACUUCCCAUCCCCUCACCAGCACUAUUUUUUUUUACAUAGAAAAACUGAAAGAAAAAAAAAAGAGAAGGAAAGAGGGAAAAAAAAGCCAGGGGCAGAGAAAAUCUAGUAAAAUAAAUCUUACUUGAUAUAUCAAAAUGUUGGAUAACAAAGGCUAGAAAAUUCACAUAAUUUAUAAAGGCUAAAUAUGCUUGUAUUUAUAAAUGUGCAGAUUCUAUGAUUCUUUUCCAUGUUGCUCGCUCUUUAAAUCAUAUUUAUGUAGAUAGAAACUUGAAGGAUACUAAUAUCUAAUGAUACAUGAGCUCAAGCAUAGCGGAGGUAGUUGGUCGAUGGUGAGGAAUCCAAGGAAACUAUAUUCAGCAAUGAAUCAUGGGAGAUUUCCUAAUUGGGUCACUGGACAAGUCUGAGAACCUCUCAGCAUUUCUCCAACUUCUGUGGAAUGCCUGCUUUGUUCAUUCAUAUGAUAGGGUCCAGGUUGAGGUCCACAGAUGAAAUGUAGGGUAGAUGGAUAGUUAAGAGAGUCUUUCAUGUGGCUCGAUAAAGUAGAACAAGUUGUCAUUUAUCCAAAACAACAACAACAAAGUACUUUAUGAUGGAAGGACUCUUGAAUAUAGCAUGCAUGUAGGGAAGACGGUCUACAAAGGCUGGGUAACAAGUAUUCAUGGGUGAUGCCUGUAGGGGGUCCUCCCUCCUCUUUGUCUUGCUCAGACAUUCUGAAGUAUGUUUUAAUGGGAGUCCCUAUGGAUUUGGUAAAGAUUGGUAUUUUGACAUCUUUAACUGAGGCCCUCUAGGCUCACCUUCUAAUAUUACAGCUCUUUUAACAGAUGAAAGCUAAGUGGGUCUAAUCGGCUGGAUUUCGUCAGUAUAGAUAGCUGAAAGCCAUGUACCGAAGGGAAUAGGUUUGUUAUGUGUAUCCCUAAAGUGUCAAGAGCGUUGGAUGGAAUUUAUAAGGAUACUGAUUUCCACUCCCUGUGAGUAAAAUCUCAGGCAGAGUCAGAGCACGCAAGGAUGAAUGGACCUGCUCCAGAGAUGAGGAGAGCUUUGUCAUUGAAGAAGUUCAGCUAAAGACUGGAGAACUAUGCAAGAAACCUAUCGACUUUCCAACACAAGAUAGGUGGUGUUUGAGAUGCUAUUUAAUGUCCUCCUAACUGGCGGGCCUUUGAUUGUGGAGAGGCAAAGAGCAUGCAUGGUAAGAAAACUCACCCAAGGGUACUCCUUAGUACACACACUCUUCUUCACAUAUGAUAUAAUCAGUAGAGAAAGCAAGAGACACUGGCUUCUUUUCCUCCAGAAUUCAUGGAAAUAAAAACACUAUUAAGUAAGAGCCUCCUUAGAACAGACUCAGAGAUUCCAUCCUCCACAAAUUCUCAGAGUCAUGGGAGUAAAAGGAAACCCUCGGUCCCUGCUGAGGAGGAAGUAGAAAGAAUUACAGAUGAACCCCCCAAGCGGAGAAGAAAUGGUCUUGAUGCUGAGGUCUGCUUUCGUUCCCCUCAAAAAGUCCACCUUCUACACAGUCUCUCAGCAACUUGAGUGUUUCUCCCAUCCAGCCUGCAGUGUCGCACAGAUCGCUGCGCAAACAGAAAGCCCGAGCCCUCAAAAUUCAUUUUGUAGCCUGACACAGCUUUUCUCGACUAUGAGCUACGACGCUAGGCUCUAUUUCUUCCCAGACUAACUUUGGAGAGAGCAGGGGAUCAGGAGUUUGGGUCUUACUUCUGCCUCCAGACGUGUAUCAUCACAAGCAAGUCACGUUGCCCCUCUGGGUCUUCGCUUGCUUCACUGUAGAAUGUAAACUUAGAUCAGAUGGUCUUGAACUCUCUAGCUCGGAUGUGACUAAGUGCUCCCUGGACACGAGGAUUUACAGUGGAUGUGGCCCUCACCUCCUGCUUGUGGUCAUGGGUCAUCAAAUGAAAUAAUGUAGGGAAGUCAUUGCCAUUUAUAUAGUGCUUCAAGGUUUACCUGGUACGUUCCCUUACACCUGCCAGUUGCUAACUAGAAAGUGCUGCCAUGUUGUCUUAUACCUUGGCUCUAGUCACUCUCUGCUUUCAAGAUAAGUGUUCAGGUCAUUAAAAUUAAUGGGACUUGAAAUCAGGUCCUUCAACCUAUGCUCCUUUACCCAUUAUUCACAUCUGGUAGGGUUACAUCCAGACCAUGCCAUGACUUGUCAUGUGGCAAGAGAAAACAAUUUCAUGUCCUCUUCCUUUGUCUACCAUUUCACCACUUCUUUCCUCUUUUCUUUUUGUUUUUGCCUCUACUCACCAUCUCCCAUGACCCAAUAUUUUUUUAAAAAAUCAUGUUUAAAAUGAGCUUAGCAUGCCUGAUUUCCUUGGCCUUAUGUCAUAAAAGUAAUCGAAUCCAGGUAGCGACCAAAUAUGCAUUAUCAUGCCAAGUUCUCCUUUUUUUGGAUAAGAAAGGCUUUCUUUUCUGGCACUGAGAUCCCUGUGUUGGACACAGGUUUAACUUACAGCCUAGGCAUACCUAUAGUGUUUAGCAACAUAGCUAAACAAGCUUAGUAUGCAGAACUUACUUUAAGUAGCUUAGAAGUAAGAACAUUUUAAUUAAAGAUGUAAGAAAAGGGAUGGAAAACUGCCUUGCCUUUGUAAUAUGUUAUCAUCUCCAUGAUGUAUGUGAAAUACUCUUAUGCCCAAAUUGUGUUUCUGAUGGUCAGAUGUAAAUUCACUUUAUUGCUCAAGAUGUAAACUCACACUUUAUUCCUAGGCUCAAAGCUUAUGAGCUACCAAACACAUAAGUGAAUCGAAAAGAUCUGGAAGAGAAAGAAAGCCCCUAAAGCAGCAGUUCUCAACCUGUGGG